AUGGCGGCGCCGGCGGAGCAGGUCGCUGCGCUGAACAUCAGCGAGGAGCAGAAGGCGGAUCCGGUCGCGGAGAAGCUCCCGUACUAUCACCAGCGCGUGAAUCUCUUCGAGAAGUACCAUGAGCGCCAACAGAAGCUCGCCGAGGAGGCCAGGGCGCGGGCCGAGCCGAUCACGGUGACGCUGCCGGACGGCACGAAGAAGGAGGCGAUCAAGGGCGCGACGACUCCGCUGGAGAUCGCGCAGGGCAUCAGCGCCGGGCUCGCGAAGAAGGCCGUCGUCGCGGUCGUCGACGGCGGCUGCUGGGACCUCUUCCGCCCCCUCGAGAAGGACUGCGACAUCAAGAUCUGCACCUUCGACGACCCAGAGGGCAAGGACACGUGGUGGCACUCCUCAGCGCACGUGCUGGGCCAGGCGCUCGAGCUCGAGUUCGGCGUCGACCUGACGAUCGGUCCGUCGAUCGAGGAGGGGUUCUAUUACGACUGUUACAUGGGGGACCGCUCGCUCAAGGACGACGACAAGAAGCGCAUCGAGAAGCGCAUGGAGGGCGCCGUGAAGGAGAAGCAGCAGUUCCAGCGGGUUGUCGUCACGCGCGACGAGGCGCUCGCGAUGUUCCAGGAGAACAAGUUCAAGAUCGAGAUCAUCUCGGGCCUCCCCGAGGACGCGACGAUCUCGCUGUACCGCAACGGCCCCAUGGUGGACCUCUGCUCGGGCCCGCACGUGCCCAACACGGCGAUGCUCCGGUCGGUCGCGGUGAACAGCAUGUCGCGCGCGUUCUGGCGCGGCGACGUGAAGAAGGACGGCCUGCAGCGCGUGUACGGCAUCACCUUCCCGGACAACAAACAGAUGAAGGAGUACAAGCACCGCAUCGAGGAGGCCAAGAAACGCGACCACCGCGUGCUAGGGCAGAAGUACGAGCUCUUCUUCUUCAACCCGCUGUCGCCCGGGUCGUGCUUCUUCACGCCCGAGGGCACGCGCGUGUACAACGCGCUCAUCGAGUACCUGCGCGAGAAGUACUGGGACUACAGUUACCAGGAGGUGAUCACGCCCAACAUCUACAACUUCGACCUGUGGAAGACGUCCGGGCACGCGGACCACUACAAGGACAACAUGUUCUCGUUCCACGUCGAGGAGCAGGAGUACGGCCUCAAGCCGAUGAACUGCCCGGGGCACUGCGUGAUGUUUGGCAACCGCACGCGCUCGUACCGCGAGCUGCCGCUGCGCAUGGCCGACUUCGGCGUCCUGCACCGCAACGAGUUCUCCGGCGCGCUGCACGGCCUCACGCGCGUCCGCCGCUUCCAGCAGGACGACGCGCACAUCUUCUGCCGCCCCGACCAGGUCAUGGACGAGGUGCUCGCGUACGUGCGCAUGCUCGAGGAGGCGUACGACACCUUCGGGCUCGACUUCGAGCUCAACCUCUCCACGCGUCCCGAGGGCUUCCUCGGCGACCCCGCUCUCUGGGACAAGGCCGAGGACGCGCUGACUCAGGCACUGAACGCGACGGGGCGCGAGUGGAAGCUCAACCCGGGCGACGGCGCGUUCUACGGCCCGAAGAUCGACAUCCACGUGUUCGACGCGCUGCGGCGGAAGUUCCAGUGCGCGACCGUGCAGCUGGACUUCCAGCUGCCCAUUCGCUUCGACCUCAAGUACACGACGGAGGCGCAGACGGAGGAGCGGCCGGUGAUGGUGCACCGCGCGAUCCUCGGGUCCGUCGAGCGGAUGUUCGCGAUCCUCACGGAGCACUACGCCGGGUCGUGGCCGCUGUGGCUCUCGCCGCGCCAGGUCACCAUAGUGCCCAUCAGCGAGAAGAGCGCCGCGUACGCCAAGGAGGUGGAGGCGAAGCUGCGCGCCGCGAAGCUGCACUGCACCGCCGACCUCGCGGACAAGAAGAUGCAGAAGAAGGUGGCGGAGUCGCAGGUCAUGCGGUGGAACUACAUCCUGGUGGUGGGCGAGGAGGAGAUGAAGCGCGGGACGGUCAACGUGCGCACGCGCGACAACGUCGUGCACGGCGAGCGUCCCCUGGAGGAGGUGAUUGCCACGCUGCAGAAGGAGCGCGACACCCGGAGCCUGACGUGCAUGUUCGAGCCCAAGGAGCAGCCGGCCGCGGAGGCGGCGGACAAGCCGGCUGCGGCGAACUGA